AUGUCUUCCACUAAGAAAACUCCUACGACUCUCUCCACUUUGAGUUUGGGUUCUCUAUCCAACGAUGUCAGCUUACCAGAUGACGCCCAAGACACCAUCUCGUCCGUCUCAUGGUCGCCUGUUUCCAACCACCUGGCAGCAGCAUCUUGGGAUGGCAAAAUACGUGUCUACGACGUCAACGCCAACAACAGAACCGCGAAUGGAACAGCUAUGUUUAACGCGGUCGGCCCCGUUCUCGGCUGCGACUGGGCCAAGGCUGGAGUCGAUGGGGUGGGUAUUGAUGCGGGAAAUCAGGACGGGACAAUAAUCGCAGCUGGAGGAGCUGAUAAGUCGCUUCAUAUUCUACAUCUACCGACAGGCCAGCAAGCUACUCUCAGCUCGCACGAAAAGCCCAUUCGCAGCGUGCGUUUCGUCGAAAUCCCGGAAUCGAAUACUCACAUCGUGGCGUCCGGGUCCUGGGACAAGACAGUCAAAUUAUGGGAUCUUCGUCAGCAGAGUCCGGUCACUACCAUCAUGUGCGAGGACCGUGUCUACUCGAUGGAUGCUAAGUCUCUUCUUUUUGUGGUCGCUACCGCAGAACGCCAUAUCCAUCUUAUCAACCUCCGACGCCCAACUGUCAUUUCCCGAACUCUGGAAUCGCCGCUCAAGCAUCAGACCAAGGUCGUCGACGUAUUCCCAGACGGCAAGGGCUGGGCGACAGCAAGCAUCGAGGGAAAAUGCAGUUUUAACGCUGUAGACAAAGAAGAAGAUCGCAAAAUCAACUUUAAAUUUCGCUGCCACCGUGGACCGCCUGAACUUAAGACGAAAAUUACCAAGGUAUGGUCCGUCAAUGACGUACGAUUCCAUCCAGUCCAGCACACAGUCCUAGUCACAGCUGGCUCCGAUGGCACGUUUCACUUCUGGGAUCGCAUCGCGCACGCUCGGCUGCAGGCAUAUCCAUCGACCGGCAGCCCCAUUACAACGACGGCGUUUAACCACGACGGCAGCCUGUUUGCGUACGCGCUCGGGUAUGAUUGGAGUAAGGGGUGUGCCGCGAAUAGCCAGGAGAUCCAGACGAAGCUUAUGCUGCACUCUGUUACGGUUGAGGAAAGUACUCCGAAGAGUAAAUAG